AUGCCAUCAAAUCAUGUCCAGCGCUUAUUCGCAGUCUUCGAGGUUCACCGUACGUCUUACAAAAUAGACAGAGCCCUCUUCUCCAGAAAAAAACCCACCCUAAAAAGUCUCAAACAACCAUGGAUAGAUCUUUGGCACUGAAAGAACGCUGGGUUCAUACCUGGACGGCUAUGCCUAUGCUUACUGAGCCAGAGCACUUCCCCCCCAAGCCUUUCGUCCAAGACGCAGCGAUCUUCCCAAACACUACCAUCCGACAAACCGUCCGUAUUUCGAUCGGGACGCAACAAUCGCUCAGGCUCCGCGUCUCCAAUGCGUUCGGCGCCCACAACCUCACCAUCACCGAAGCCACAGUCGCCCUGGCAGCAUCGAACCAGUCAGGCACAAACGCCAUCCAGCCUGGCAGUGUACGAAACGUCACUUUCGGCGCAGAGCGGGACAUCACCAUUCCGCCAGGUGCAUUGGGGGUCUCGGAUCCCAUCCAUCUCGGGGUUUCCUUGCCCGCACGCACAGCUUUGAGUAUCAGUCUCUUCCUGAAGGACGGGCAAGGCGGGGGCCAAAUCACCUCGCAUCCAGGCAGUCGGACGACGUCGUACUUCGCAUUUGGGAACCGGGUGUCAGAUGUGGCAUUUGCCGAUGACUCGGUCAAAACAGCUAUUCACUGGUGGACUAUCAGGUACUAUAUCAGCGGCGUGGAAGUGUUUGUCUCUCGUCCAUCGCGAGCCCUCGCCCUCAUCGGCGACAGUAUCACCGAUGGGCUAGGCAGCGUCACAAACGGAGAUACCCGCUGGCCUGAUCUACUAUUCGUCCGACUACAGAAACACCCCAGGACAGAGGGCAUCGCCGUCCUCAAUUCCGCCGCGGGGGGAAACCGAAUCCUCCAAGACGGGACGGGUCCCAGCCUUCUCAGCCGUCUAGACCGCGACAUCCUUGCCGUGUCGGGGGUUGAGUCCGUCCUGAUCUUCUCCGGAGUCAAUGAUAUCGGGGUCGCGGCCGCAGAGCCAGCCGUGCAAGAAGAUCUCGCCAAGGGGAUGAUCGCUGCGUUGCGCCAGAUUGUAACCAGACUACAUGCCCAGGGAAUUUCUGUCUAUGGCGCCACCAUCACUCCAUUCGGGAGGUUGCCAACCUCCUUAGACAAGAUAGAUUCCGAAGAGGGCGUCACCCCGUAUUCAAACCCAGUCCGCGAAACAACCAGACAGAAAGUCAACGACUUCAUCCGCUCCAGCGGCGUGUUUGACGCCGUGGUCGAUUUCGACCGUGUCCUGAGUGAUCCGCUGGUGCCGUACGGUCUCGCGAGCGAGUACGACUCGGGCGACCAUCUUCAUCCAAACCAGAGGGCGUUUCAAGCGCUGGCAGAUGCGAUUCCACUUGAUUUGUUGAAAGGUUCUAACUGAAGGAAAAUAUCUUCAUAUCUUCAUAAACUAUAACCAUGAUAC